AUGUCGAUUCAAGCGCUUCAGAUCGAGCGUCAGGGCGGGCCGGAAGUGGUUCAGGUCGUCCCGGUCGCAGCCCCCAGCCUGUCGGGCUCGGGCAAGGUGCUAGUCCGCAACGAGUAUGCGGGCGUCAACAUGAUCGACACCUACCACUUUGGCGGUCUGUACCCGCUGCAAUGCCCCAUCAUCAUCGGUCAGGAAUCCGCAGGUGUGGUGGAAGCCGUUGAUCCGGACGUCAAGACUGUCCAGGUCGGAGAUCGGGUGGUGCAGUACGGUGGAGGGUCGUAUACGCAGCUUCAAUUGCUGGAUGGGGAGAGGGUGGUCAAGCUGCCCGAUGGGAUCGACACCAAGACUGCUGCUGCUGCGUACCUCCAGGGACUGACGGCGUUGACGCUGUUGAAGGAAAGCCACCCGAUCAAGAAGGGCGAGUGGAUGCUCGUCACUGCUGCUGCGGGUGGUGUCGGUCUUCUCCUGUGCCAGAUGGGUCGUGCUUUCGGAGCCAACGUCAUCGCCGUCACCUCCACCUCCGAGAAGUGCGAGCUCGCCAAGAAGCACGGCGCUCACCACGCCCUCACGUAUAACAAGGAAAACCCCCAGGCGUACAUCGACGAGAUCCGCUCCAUCACCAACAAUCACGGCGUAGACGGCAUCUACGACGGAGUAGGCGCCGAUACCUGGGAGGCCAACUUCGCCAUCGCCGCUCGCAAGGGAUCCAUCGUCACCUUCGGCAACGCUUCCGGCGCAGUCCCCGCUUUCGCCCCGCUCAAACUCGCACCUAAGAAUCUCAAGGUCUGCCGUCCAACCCUGUUCAACUACGUGACGACGCGCGAGGAGAGGGAGACGUACUCCAAGGAGCUCUUCGAGCUCAUCGAGAGCGGUAAGGUCAAGAUCAACGUGCAUGACACGUACGGGUUUACGACGGACGAGAUGAGGAGGGCCUUCGCCGAUAUCAAGAGCAGGAAGACGACGGGUAAGCUGGUGAUCAAGCUCGAGUGA